CCAUGUUAGUCGUGGCCAGCACCGGGGCCGGCACCAGGGGUUAAUUGAGGCUGCUGUCAGGAUGCUGGCAUCCCAGGUGUUGAGGAGGACGGCGCCGGCGCCGCGGCUCCUCCUCCGGCUCUUUAGGUCCCAGUCGCUCCGGAGUCUUGGGGGUGUCUCCAGCCGGCGCAUAAUCACCGGACACUGCGGGGAGCCUCAGCGGCUGAGAGCGGCCGUCGGGGGGCGCCCUUUAACAUUGUCAGCUUUGCUCCCCGAACGCGGGGCACCCUCCGCGCGGCCCCUGGGUGGACGCUCCGAGACCCAGUGCCUGGCUGCCGCCACGUGGGGACGCCUUCCUACCCCCGAAGAAACACUCACAGGACAGGACAGCCCGAAUGGGGUCCCUUACAGAUCUGCAGUGGGCUUGUGGGCCCUGGCCAUGGCGCUGGUGGUUGAUUGCUACACCAAGUCUCCGACCGGCAAGGAUGCAGCCCUGAUGGAAGCAGCCCGAGCCAACAAUGUACAAGAAGUUACCAGACUGUUGUCAGAAGGUGCAGAUGUCAAUGCAAGGCACAAACUUGGCUGGACAGCACUGAUGGUGGCAGCCAUCAGCCGUAAUGACAGUGUGGUACAGGUCCUGCUUGCUGCUGGGGCUGACCCAAACCUUGGGGAUGAGUUCAGCAGUGUCUACAAGACGGCCAAAGAGCAGGGAAUCCAUUCUUUGGAAGAUGGGGGACAGGACGGUGCAAGCUGGCGCAUCACAAAACAGUGGACAAGUGCUCUGGAGUUCAGGAGGUGGCUAGGAGUCCCCGUUGGCGUCUUGGUCACCCGGGAGGAUGAUUUCAACAACCGGCUGAACAACCGUGCCAGUUUCAAGGGUUGCACAGCCCUGCACUAUGCUGUCUUGGCUGAUGACUUCAGCACUGUCAAAGAACUGCUUGAUGGAGGAGCUAACCCGGUGCAGAGGAAUGAAAUGGGACACACUCCUUUGGAUUAUGCCCGAGAAGGGGAGGUAAUGAAGCUUCUGAAGUCUUCUGAGACCAAGUACAUGGAGAAGCAGCGGAAACGUGAGGCUGAGGAGCGGCGCCGCUUCCCCCUGGAACAGCGACUGAAGGAGCACAUCAUUGGCCAAGAGAGUGCCAUCGCCACCGUGGGGGCUGCAAUACGGAGGAAAGAGAAUGGCUGGUACGAUGAAGAACACCCUCUGGUCUUCCUCUUCUUGGGAUCAUCCGGAAUAGGAAAAACAGAACUGGCCAAGCAGACAGCCAAGUAUAUGCACAAAGAUGCCAAAAAGGGCUUCAUCCGGCUGGAUAUGUCUGAGUUCCAGGAGCGACAUGAGGUGGCCAAGUUUAUUGGGUCUCCACCAGGCUACAUUGGCCAUGAGGAGGGUGGCCAGCUGACCAAGAAGUUGAAGCAGUGCCCCAAUGCUGUGGUGCUCUUUGACGAGGUGGACAAGGCCCACCCAGAUGUGCUCACCAUCAUGCUGCAGCUAUUUGAUGAGGGCCGGCUGACAGAUGGGAAAGGGAAGACCAUCGACUGUAAGGACGCCAUCUUCAUCAUGACCUCCAACGUAGCCAGUGAGGAGAUCGCACAGCACGCGCUACAGCUGAGGCAGGAAGCUUUGGAGAUGAGCCGUAACCGAAUUGCUGAAAACCUUGGGGACGUCCAGAUGAGUGACAAGAUCACCAUCUCCAAGAACUUCAAGGAGAAUGUGAUUCGCCCCAUCCUAAAAGCUCACUUCCGGAGGGAUGAGUUUCUAGGGAGGAUCAAUGAGAUCGUCUAUUUCCUCCCCUUCUGCCACUCGGAACUCAUCCAGCUAGUCAACAAGGAACUGAACUUCUGGGCCAAGAGAGCCAAGCAAAGGCACAACAUCACAUUGCUGUGGGACCGCGAGGUGGCAGACGUGUUGGUUGAUGGCUACAAUGUACACUACGGAGCCCGCUCCAUCAAGCAUGAGGUAGAGCGCCGCGUGGUCAACCAGCUGGCAGCGGCCUAUGAGCAGGACCUGCUGCCGGGGGGCUGCACCCUGCGCAUCACCGUGGAGGACUCGGACAAGCAGCUACUCAAGAGCCCGGAAAUGCCCUCACCCCAGGCCGAGAAGCGUCUACCCAAGCUGCGGCUGGAGAUCAUCGAUAAGGACAGCAAGACCCGCAAACUAGACAUCCGGGCACCGCUCCACCCUGAGAAGGUGUGCUACACCAUCUAGCUUCCACCUGCCCGUGUGUGCCUGAACACCCAAUAAAGCCCCCUCGCUGUGGCAUGGCAACCGA